UUCAUGGUCCUCUCCCUGCGCAUUACUAAAGCCGAACAAUGCAAGCGAAGGUUGGUUAGUUUUGAGCCAAAUAGUAUUCCAGAGCUAUGCACGGACGAACGUGUUCGGAGGCAGUUUUCGUCGCUCUCCUGACCCUCUCAGUAGUGUGUACCACCGGCGGAUCUGCGCUGACUAUCACUGCGAAAGGGACUGGACCGUGUGAAAUUCAGACGCGUGGUGAGAGCGAGCACAAUGUUACACGAUUGCAGAUGCUCCGGGAAGAAGAAGAGUCUAAGUACGGCUCGAACGGGAUCUUUAUUAUCCAGGAACCCGUUGAUUUCGGCUUGACAAUAGUUAAAGUCAAUGCCAGCGGGUACUGUACAGUUAAUCAAAGAACUGAACAGCCCUUCCAUCUACUUCUUGCAAUAUACGAGGGUCAGAGAAGGGUCGAAGUUGAAGAAGUACCGGCAGAGUGUGACAGUUCUACUAAUGAUACAGAAACAAUUCUUUGUCAUGUGCAGUUGGAUACAAAUAGAUUUGUUCCGGCCAACCGCUCCAUUGGUAUACUCUUCAAUCAUAGAUGCUCAGCAAGAGUAAACAGAUGCUCAUGCAGA